CCCACCCACGGCCCUCGCUGCCCAUGCCCGUCUCGCGCGCAAAAAAAGACGGCUCUUCGUCCGACGACACUGGGAAGGACGCCGAAAACAACAAGGUUCACGUUAAGAGAAAGCGCCAAUCGCAGAGCUGUGACGCGUGCCGCGCUCGCAAGGUACGAUGCGCUCGCGAAAACCCGGAAGACUCCAAGCAGUCCUGCAAGCACUGCAUCGCCCUCGGCAUCCCCUGCACGUACGACUACCAGCCCAAAAAGCGCGGGCCGCCUAACCUAUACCUGAGGCGCCUGCAAGAGGCCGCAGCCGCCGCGGCCGCCGCGCAGCAAGACGGGGGCGGGGGCGGGGGCAAGACCGAGAGCUCGGCGUCGCCCAAGUCGACGAACGGGCUCCCGAGCCCGACGCUCACGACGGCGACCCAGGCGUCCGCGACCUCGCCCUUCUUGGACGCCUCCCUCGGCUCGAUCUCGCCCAACCUCCCGCCGUCGCGGUACCCGAUCGUCGCCGACACCUUCAACCAGUUCCCGUCCCUCCACAUCUCGUCCUCCGCGUUCUCGCUCUCGGACUCGUCGGGCCGGUCGACGCUCGGCGGCGGCGGUGGCGGCGGCGAGAACGGCUUCGGCUCUCCAUCCUCGUCGGACCAGUACAACACCUACCCGCUCCACAACUGGUCGUACAAGCAGCACACGGCGCUCCCCCUGCCCUCGCCCCAGGUCAUCCCGCCCCUAUCGUACUACUACCGACCGCACCGGCUCGAGGACGUCGCGCCCCGGGACACGAUCUCGCUCAUCAUCGCGCUCUUCUUCGAUUUCGUCUACCCGCUCACGCCCUGCAUCCACAAGCCGUCCUUCAUGGCCGACCUCCACGCGCGCAGGGAGGAGCGCGACCCGCUGUUCUUCGCGCUCGUCAUGUCGACCGUGGCCUCGACGUUGGUCCAGGUCCCGCGCUCGUACGUCCCGAUGGACCGCCCCGCCGUCCGCAAGCUCGCGCAGACGUGCUACGAGGCCAGCAGACACAUCUCCGUCGCGACCUACGACCCGCCGACGUCGAUGCACGUCGUCGUCCGAUACUUCGACUGCGUGUAUCACUUCUGCGAAGGUCACGAUGCGACGCAGCACGCGGCGUUCGGCGAGGCGGCGCACAUCGCCGUGACGCUCCGGAUGCACGAGGAGGCGUCGUACGAGGGCUUGGACCCGAUCGAGAGCGAGGUCCGCCGCCGGACCUUCUGGUUGCUCUUCGACGCGGACAAGUCGAUGUCGAUCUUGCUCGGCCGCCCGAUAUGUCUACGCGACGAGGAUUGCACGGUGCAUUUCCCGAAAGAGCUCGACGACGAAUACAUCACGCCGAGCGCGUACCUCCCGCAGCCGCACGGCAAGACGGCGCUCGUCUCCGGCCUCAACUACAUCUCGCGCAUCUUCGCGCUCCUCGGCGAGAUCCUCGUCCGGAUCCGGGUCGACAAGCGGUCGCCGCCGCAGGGGCAGUUCGCCACCGCGCGGCUGGAGGAGGUGCAGACGCUGCACGCGCGCAUCCUCGCCGCGCUCGUGCACUGCCCCGAGCCGCUCCGCCUCGCGGCGAGCCACCCGGCCGAGUACGGCGGCGCGGCGUUCAGGCAGAGCACGUUCGCGGAGGUGAAGGACUUUUUCGAUAACCCGAACGCGUCUCGGGCGAACGCGCUCAACCCGUUCUUGGUCAUGCGCGCGAACUUGUAUGUCACCCAGCAACUGGUCCGAUUCGUCAUCGAGCAGUACCGGGACGAGCUUAUAUUGUCGUUGCAAGGCACGCUCGACGAGAACAGGGUCGCCGAGGACCGCCAAGCCGUCGCGAGCGAGCUGCUCAAUAUACUGCACAGCAUCCCCAUUCAGUCCAUCGCCACGAACGGACCCUCCCUGGUCCACAAAGUGCGUUUCGUCGCAUCGACGUUAUUGGAUACGGUCCGGAAGGCUGAGACGGCGCCCGCGUCCGCCGCGCGAGCGCACGCUUAUCUAUGGGACUUCCUGUCCAUAUUAUCGGAGAUCGAACGCAACUACCUGCUCGACGAUGACAGGGACACCGGUUCGAGCGGCGAUGGUUUGUCGUUGGUGGGAGGCAUCGGCGCGAGCUGAGACGACGGGCGGUGCGAUCCGGCAGCGGGACUCCCAUGACGGCUUGCUCGCUCGUCCCGCGUCCAUCCUGGCGCUCUGCGGCUUACUCCCAUCGCGCUGUUUUUUUAUCUUUUUGGUUCCUUCCUCCUACAUACUAUCCAUGGACGACGACCGUGUUUAUCUUUUCGUCUGCUUUCGUGCUUGCUAUGGGUGGACCCGCCGUUAUCUAUUUCCCUGGUGUUGUUGUUCAUGAUACUUAUUUCCUAACGACGAGGGCUCUGUAUGCUGGCGUCCACGGUCCGCAGCACCCCCUCGGUCUGUAUAUUUCAAGAAUACCCCCCCUCCCCCUUUUUCCUGCCCUGCCCUGCCUCCUCCAAACUUGCCGCAAUUGUAGUCCUAGCGUCCCUGCAUUAAUGUAUUC